AUGUUGACUCUGACUCCUGUCUUCACUGUGUCCUAUGAAGCCAAGAUUUCAUUUCUGUUCCUUUCGGUCAUGGAGUUUGCAGUGGGAUUCCUGGCCAAUGCCUUCAUUGUCUUGGUAAAUGUUUGGGAUGUAGUAAAAAAGCAGCCAUUGAACAACUGUGACAUUGCACUGCUGUGUCUCAGCAUCACUCGGCUUUUCCUGCAGGGCCUUCUGCUUCUGGAUGCUGUUCAGCUCGCCUGCUUCCAGCAGAUGAAAGACCCACUGAGCCACAACUACCAAGCCAUACUCACUCUCUGGAUGAUUGCAAACCAAGUGAGCCUCUGGCUUGCUGCCUGCCUCUGUCUCCUCUACUGCUCCAAGAUUGUCCGUUUCUCUCACACCUUUCCACUCCACGUAGCAAGCUGUGUCUCCAGGAGAUUUCUCCAGAUGCUUCUAGUUGCUCUUCUUUUCUCCUGCAUCUGCACUGCCCUCUGUUUGUGGGACUUCUUUAGCAGAUCUCCUUCCACCGUCACAUCCAUAUUGCACGUGAACAACACAGAAUUCAACUUGCAAAUUGCAAAACUCAAUUUCUUUUACUCGUUUAUCUUCUGCAAUGCGGGCUCUGUACCCCCUUCUCUGGCUUUCCUGGUUUCCUCUGGUGUGCUGGUUAUCUCCCUGGGGAGUCACAUGAGGACUAUGAAGUCCCACAUAGGCUCUAGUGAUCCCAGCCUUGAGGCCCACAUCAGAGCCAUCAUAUUUCUGGUCUCCUUUCUCGGUUUUUAUGUGAUGUCAUUCUGUGCUGCUUUAAUAUCAAUACCCUUACUGGUGCUGUGGCACAAUAAGGGAGGAGUGAUGGUUUGUAUAGGGAUGAUGGCAGCUUGUCCAUCUGGACAUGCAGCCAUCCUAAUAUCAGGCAAUGCCAAGCUGAGAAGGAGUGUAGAGACCAUGGUAUUCUGGCUUCAAAGCAGGCAAAAGGUGAGAAGAGUCCACAAGGUCCUUCCCAGGACACUCUGA